AUGGAUUGGGGAGGGGACCGCACCCUAAGCACCACCAUCACUCACCACCCAGCCUCCACUAUUGCCCAGAUGCCCUCAAUUAACUUUGAGCCUGGAGACGACUGCGGAACAUCCCAGUGUACUUUUUUGCUUGUGUGCUUUUCAUGUAAACAGGCGCCAAAGUUGAGACGGUACACCCUCAAGACCGCUUUCCAGCCCGCCUACCUCGGCCAACUGUCAUACAGCCGGGCCGAGAUGGCCGAAUCCGUUGCCGACUGCCUGACUCAAGGCUCGUCAGAAAGAAGAAGGGGUAAGCAUCUUUCAGUGGACGCUUACUUUGAGACCCUGACUGAGCCUCGUCUCGACGGAUUGCCUAAUCGUCCAGACUAUUUCAAUCCUGCCGGCACCGCAGCCUCUACAGUCCACCCGGCCACAUCUUCGAGGCCAUCCAGCCGGUCUGCUCUUCCAUUCCUAUCAGCCUCUCCCACCCCUCCCACCCUUGCAAUGUGA